CGACCAGCCAUGUUCCUCGUCAACCGCCUCUUUGGCAUGGCCGCACCCUCGGGCCCCGCUCCCGAGCUAACCACACUCGACGGCGGCCGCCUCUUCCUCGUCCGCCCCGACUCGCCAAAGGGCGCACGCGAGUGCAUCUUCAUCGACGCCACCCUCUCGAUCCGCAAGACGACCCACCCCAACAUGUUCCAGCUCGUCGUCACCCGCGCCUUCGAGGACGGCGAGGAACAGCUCCUCGACGACGACGCCGAGUCGACCGACGAGCGCUCGUUCCUCCUCGACUCGAGCCUGUUCCUCUCGCUCGGUCCGACCCUCGACCCGACCGCCACCUCGAGCCCGGACGAGCCCCGCCCGUGGUCCUUCACCUGGCUCGACCCGGACGGCGACUCGCCCGACGACGAGUUCGAGUUUGUCCUCCCCGCGACCCGCAACCCGCGCCAGGAGCAGGCCGCACGUGACUUUGAGCGCCUGUGCUGGAGGUGCAUGUGGGAGCGCCGCGAGGGCCGCGACUGGCCGAGUGACGACCGCGACGCCCAAGCCGCAGAGCUCCACCUCGAGGACGACUUCAAGGUCGAGCGCGCCGCCGCUCCUCCCGCCCCGUCACCCCUGUACCCGACCCUCCCCGCCGGCUCGUCCGCCCUCUCGACCCCGUCCCGCACCUCGGCCGCCUCGUCGACCUACGGUACGCCCCUCGAGACCGCCCCCGCCGCGGCGCGCGCGCCGGCCAAGACGCCCCUGUUCCGCUCGAGCACGCCCGGCUCGGACGACGACGACGACGACGAGCGCGACGCGCCCGUCGCCCAGCCGCAGUACGACGACGACGAGUACGACGGCGGUGUCGCCCCGAGCGACGGCGACGACGACAGCGCCGACGACCUCGCGCAGCAGCUCGAGCACAAGGCCGUCCUCGCGCCGCCCGUUCCCGCGCCGGCGCCGUCCACCGCCACGCCCGCCAACACCAAGGGCAAGGGCAAGGGCAAGGCGUCGCCUUCGUCGUCGACCGCACCGACCGCCGUCACGGACGACCCGUACGCGCCCGCCCUGCGCCGCCCUCCUCCUCCGCCCGCACCGCCCUCGGCCUCGACCUCGAGCGCGGCCGGCACCGGCUCGGCGCCCGACAAGCUCCUGAGCGUCUCGGCGUCGCUGCACCUGUACGACCGCGCGACGGGCCUCUUCAUGCAGCAGGACGCCGACGUGCGCGCCGAGCUGUACCGCACGGCGCCGUCCGCCCAGUGGCUCGUCGUCGAGAGCGUAAAGGACCAGGGCGAGGUGUGGGUCAGCCAGGCCGUCGACAAGGACACGACCGUCAAUUUUGCCGAGCGCGAGCGAGCGAUGGUGUUCAACUACACGGCGCCGGCGCCGGCGUCGACGGCCGACUCCGGCGAUGCCGCUCCGGCACCCGAGACGUUCACGUGGCUCCUGCGCCUGUCGGACGACGCCGCGUUCGUCGCGCUGCAGCAGGCCGUGAGCGCCGCCCUGUUCGAGGACAAGCACGGCGCGGGCGCGUGGAACCGGAUGAAGGCCGACGAGCGCGAGUACGCGCGCCAGGCGUGGCUCGAGGAGGACGCCGAGAUGUGGGACGCCGAGGCCGAGGAGCGCGAGAGGGACGACGCGAGGGACGAGGAGGAACGGCUCGAGGCGCUCGAGGAGGAGGACGAGAGCGAGGACGACGAGCCGCAGGCGGGCAUCAGCGACGACGACGACGACUCGGACGACGACGCCCGUGCGCCCUCGGCCGCUCGCGCUUUCUCGUCGCGCCAGCCUAAACAGCUCGCGAUCGGCGCAAAGCGUCGCGCCAAGAACAGUGCGCUCGCCGUCGGGUACAAGGAGGACCUGUCGUUCGUCGUCCAGGGCGACAUGAUCGGCGUCUUCAAGCAGCAGCGCGAGGGCGGCAAGAAGCUCAAGUUCGUGACGAGCAUCGUCAACAUCGCUGCGCCGGGCAAGAAGAACUUUGCGCCGGGCAAGGUCAUGCUGCACAACCAGGACACGUCGAUGAUCCUGCAGAACCCGCUCGCGUCGGGCUCGCUGUACCGGCUCGACCUCGAGACGGGCAAGGUCGUCGACGAGUACAAGGUCAGCGACGACUUUGGCGUCACCAACUUCCUGCCGGGGAGCAAGUUUGCCCAGACGACCCAGCAGCAGACGUUCAUCGGGCACUCGUCCAACGGCCUGUUCCGGAUCGACCCGCGCCUGUCGGGCACCAAGCUCGUCGAGAGCGAGUUCAAGCAGUACGCGACCAAGGCCGACUUUACCGCGGCGGCGACGACCGAGUCGGGCCGGCUCGCCGUCGCGAGCAGGAAGGGCGACAUUCGCCUGUUCGACAAGCUCGGCAAGAUGGCCAAGACGGCCCUGCCCGCGCUCGGCGACGAGAUCCUCGGCGUCGACGUGAGCGCCGACGGCCGGUGGGUCCUCGCGACGUGCAAGACGUACCUGCUCCUGGUCGACACGCGCAUCCCCGAGUCGAGCUCGAGCCGGUACGCCGGCCACAGCGGGUUCGACAGGAGCUUCCCUGCCGCCGAGAAGCCGACGCCCAAGCGGCUCACGCUCCGUCCCGAGCACGUCGCCCACAUGCAGGAGGUCCAGGGCGGCGAGGGCGUCAGCUUCACGGUCGCCAAAUUCAACACAACCCUGAGCGGCGAGGCCGAGACGACGAUCGUCACGUCGACCGGGCCCUUCAUCGUCGCGUGGAACUUCCGCCACGUCAAGGAGGGCAGGCUGCACAAGUACACGCUGCGCAGGUUCACGGACACCAUUGUCGCCGACAACUUCAAGUUUGGCGGCGACCGCGAGAUUAUCGUGACGCUGCCCGAGAACGUGCUCGUCGAGGACAAGAAGAAGCUCAAGGCUCCCACGCGCGACUCGAUCGUGCAGACGUGGGACGGCCGCUAGGCAAGCCUCGCCGCCCUCGACCCUCUCGACCUUCCCGACUUACACCAUCUCGUCCUCGCCCCUCGACUCUCCUCUUCGGCCUCCCCUUACCCUCUACGCUCACACCUGUUCGUCCCUCGUCCCCCUCUGUCUGUUCCCCGCCUCGGCUCGACUUUCGCCUUUCCUCCUCGUGCGCUCUCGUCGAGCGCUCUCCUCUCCCUCCUGUCCUUUCCCACGUUUCCGACCUCGCGCCCUCGUCUCGUAGCCCCCCUCUCUCUGUCUGUGUACGACCCCUAGCUGCAAUCCACGUCUGUCCACGUCG